AAUAUCAUCUCAGCGAAAUGUCAUACGCCAUUCUUCGGCAACACUGGGCGGGGAAGCAAAAUGAAUUGGCUGGCCUCUUAGCCGAAGCUAGGGUUAGAGUUCGACAGAGAUUUGCAGCUUCCUUCAGAUAUCGAUUAAAAGGUUCCCCGUGGAGCUUUGCUUCAGCCGAUUCCUAUCAUUUAUCGUCGGUGAUCCAUUCUUGGGCCCCAUACUUUUUCUUUUACAUUGGCUUCUCUGCUCCCCCAUCUGUAAAGUUUUCGAUAAAUCUCUCUGUUGCUGGUCGCAUUCCUACCCAAUAUAGUAGAUCUGAGUGUCGGACUUGCUGCUACCUGGAUCGAAGAACAAUGCCGGCCAUUAAACUUGAACUGGCAAAACAGUACUAUGCUACCAGUAGCCUUGUUGUGGGAUAUGCUCUAUGCUCGAGCUUGCUUGCUGUCAUUAACAAAUUUGCCAUCACAAAAUUCAAUUUUCCUGGCCUCUUAACGGCAUUGCAAUACCUGUCUUCUGCUGCUGGUGUAUGGAUCCUUGGAAAGCUGGGAUUUCUGCACCAUGAUCCUUUCACCCUGGAAAUAGCCAAAAAGUUCUUACCUGCUGCUACUGUCUUCUACCUUGCUAUAUUCACCAACACAAACCUCCUCAGGCAUGCUAAUGUGGACACUUUUAUAGUGUUUCGAUCUUUGACACCAUUAUUGGUAGCCAUUGCCGACACCGCCUUUAGAAAGCAGCCAUGCCCUUCCAAACUGACAUUUUUAUCUUUGGUGAUUCUACUUGGUGGUGCUAUUGGGUAUGUGAUGACUGAUUCAGCAUUCACCCUCACUGCAUAUUCGUGGGCUUUUGCUUACUUGAUCACAAUCACAACAGAGAUGGUCUACAUAAAACACAUGGUGACGAAUCUUGGGCUCAACACUUGGGGAUUUGUCUUCUACAAUAAUCUCUUAUCCUUGAUGAUGGCUCCUGUAUUUAUGGUGUUAACUGGGGAGUAUGCUGAUGUUUUAAUAGCUGUUGGAUUGGGAUCUGGGGCUUGGGUUGAUUUUGGCACAUUUGCUGCAGUUAGCUUGUCCUGCGUGUUUGGAUUGCUCAUCAGUUUCUUUGGCUUUGCGGCAAGGAAAGCUGUUUCAGCUACAGCUUUUACGGUGACAGGUGUUGUUAAUAAGUUUCUCACAGUUGCAAUCAACGUUCUCAUAUGGGAUAAGCAUGCUAGUCCGUUUGGCUUAGCUUGCCUACUUUUCACUCUAGCUGGUGGGAUUCUCUACCAGCAAUCAGUUACCGGUAAUACAAUGACUUCUGCACAACAUGAUUCUGCUGCUGCUAAGCAGGCAAAAGAUGUGGCUGGGGACAGUGAUUCUGAUGAUGAGAACCAAAUGUCCAGCAUCUCACGAAAGGAUUCCAAUAGCAACUAGCAUGUAUCAAAAAGAUAUAGAACAUUCAAGGUCGAUUUAAAGGACAAGAAAAAGAAUUUUCUUUUAGGUCCAGUAUACUUGUAGAUGACAUGAAGAAGAUGAGGAUGAUAGAGAAU